AUGCCUCACGCAAGGUGCCACCGGACAAGCAACGCCAGCCCAGCUUCGCCAAUGGACCACUGCGUGGGUUGUCCUGCUCCGCCUGCCCCGAAGAGAAUCAAACAUGAAGCACCGGCCAACAGUCAUACCCCAUUGGAAGGAGCCGACAAGAUCCCCACGCCCCCGGACGUCUGUCCGGUUGAUACCGUCCCAGUCGACAAAUUGCCCGCGGUUGCGCCCAAGGAGGUUAUUAUCAACAUCGGCGUAGCAAGGUGUAUCGAAAACCGAGACGGCAGCUUGAACUUUGGCAUCAAGUAA